AUGACUCACAACUUCUGCGUGCGAGCGCCCGUCCCGCCGGCCGCCCCGGCCCCCACCAGCCCGAGGAACCCGGAGGAGCCCAGUGCCGGCCCAGCAGACUCCAGCCCGGCGGAGCGGCCGCGCCCGGACCAGGACAUGCUCCAGAGCCAGAAGAUGGGGAAAGGAGAAGCAGGAGCCCUGGUGGAGGAGUCUGAAGCCAGGAAGGAGGAGAAAAUGAAAUGUGUCCUGAAGACAAUGGCCGAGACAGCAGGUCCCACCCUGUGCAGCGGCCAGCACCUCUUCCCCCAGCCCCGUCUCCUCGUCUGCAGUCCGGACCUGUACGUUCUGCUGCUCCAUCAGCAAUUGUCCUGCGAAGUGUGAUGGGACAGCCUCUUUUCAGCUUCUCUGAAAAUGGAGACAGAGGAGCUGUAAGUCUUGCUUGCCAAGGUCAUAGGAUUGGAAUCCAGAGCCAUGCCCCUCGCUCCAGGACACGCACCAUCAUCAGAGGUGGAAGAGCCAAGCAGAAAGGGAAGAUGCAGUCGCUGCUGUCUUGAAGCUGCAGCCGUCAGGGGCCAGGAUGGAGGAGGAGGACUGGGGCAGAGAGCACAGUGCGGGUUCUGCUCCCACUCCUGCCCUUCUGGGACUUGGCUGGGGGCCUGGGGAAACGUGCCCCUAUCCCCCACCCAUCCUGCAGAGGUCUUGGCCUUUGACCUGUGGGCCACCGUUUCUGCCCUCGUCACAUUGUAUGCCUAUUCCAGUGCAGGGUGUUCCAGCAAACAGAAGCUCCACCCCGCAUCUCGGCCCCCGAGGACCGAGGGCGGCAUGCCAGGUGGUUGCCCACGCAAGGGGCUCCAGCCUUCUAGGAGUUAAUGAUGCCCUCUCCCCAGCUGUCCUCCCCUUGGUGCUCCUCUUCCUCCCUCCUCCUGCUCACAGCAGGCAGGGCCUGGACCUGGGAGCCAUGCCGCUGUGCUGUUGCCAGGGGAGCCGGGAGCCAGAUCCGAGCUAUGCAGGGAAAAGGCCCGGCCUGUCAAAGUGUCUGAGAUGAACCGCCGCCGUCCCCGUGCAGCUGGGCUCAGACGUGUCUCUGCUCUUGUUCUGUGCCUGAGAAUGGCGAAGCCCAGUGAGGUUCAAGGGCAAACUCACUAUUCAUUAGUCAGGGGUUCUUGACGUCCGUGUCUCCCAGGGAUGGGUCCCCCCUCCCUUUUCCUCUCCCUCCUGUGACACAUUCCUGGGUGCCUUUGGUGAGGGCUGCACACCCUCCUCCUCCUGCCCAACUCCUCUCCAAAGGCCCCUGAAUAAACUCCCCACAAGGAGACCAGGCAGGGCAGAGACAAUGGCCGCAGGAAACCAUUCAGGCGGGACUCCAGCCAUGCUGGCCCGUCCUCCACUCCCAUCGCCCCUGUGGGCCCCGCUCCCCUUCUGACUCAGGGCACCCCUGGACUACUAGACCACACAGGCCUGGACAAGACAAAGGCACUGGGCACUGCCCUCAGGGCAACAGGCCAGUCCAGCGCCAUUCUCAGUGGGCAUGUUAGAUGCUUCCAUGACCCAUAUCUUACAUUGCUGCCUCUUGAUGCCUUUCUCCACCAUCACAUAUCUCUUCUAAGACACUCAAACACCAUUGGUGGGAAAGUAUGAAAUGUGGCAAUACCAGAAUGUAAAGGACACAUGUACUUAGUUACAAGCAAAUUGCACUGCUAGAAAUUUACUAUACGGUUAACAUGUAGACAUUCCCAAAGAAGAAUGUACAAGAAUGUUCAUCUGAGCAUUUGUUUUUUAAGAAUGUAAAGAAAUGGAAAUGAACCUGUGGUUCAUUCAUACUGUGUGAAAUACUAUGCAACUGCAAAAAUGAAUGUGGUAGGUCUCUAAAUAUUAGCUGAUAUGGAAGGCUGGCCAGUAUAUAUUGUUGGGAGAAUAGAAUAAAUUACAGAACAGGCAAUAGAA